AUGUCCGCCUCUUUCCCUACCUCGCUCCCGGACGGCUCCGUCGGCGGCUGGCUGCAGGCCCUCAACAUGGCCAAGUACGAUCCGGCGUUCGCUGCCGCAGGCGUCACCACGGAGCAGGCUCUGAAGCGCAUGGACGACGGGUCGCUGAAAGAGAUUGGCGUCUCCAUGGCCGGGCACCGCAAGCGGAUUCUACUGGGCAUCGAUUCGCUCUCGUCAGCCGGCGCGCGCCCGCUCACCGGCCGCGUCUCGCAUCGGCGCGGAGCUGACAGGAAGGUCGAGCCGCGGUUCAACUCGACGUCGUCCAUCUUCAUCUCGUCGACGAUCACGCGGCCCGACAUCGACGAGAUCAUCUUUUGCGUCGCCGUCGUCAUCCACGACCGAGUGCCGUGCGAGGAGGCAAUCUUCCACACGAUCCAGUCCGUCUACGAGUGCGCCAAGUUCCCUUCCGA